GGCACCACCGCGCCGCUGGGUCUGGGAGCAUGGAGCUUCCGCGGCUGCCGGACUCUAAUGGCCGGUACCGGGACCGGUGCUUCUGGGACUCGCGGUACCGGGAGGUGGGCGCUGCUCCGGCUGAGUGGUUUGGGGGCUUAUCCUGCUUCCGCGAGCAGCUGGAGGCGGAGCUGCGCCCGGGGGACCGGAUCCUGGUGUUGGGCUGUGGAAACAGUGCCCUGAGCUCUGACCUGUUCCAGCUUGGCUACACGGAUGUCACCAGCAUUGACUACUCCCCGGUGUGCAUUGCGGGCAUGCGAGCCCGCUACGCCCAGUGCCAGGGCCUGCAGUGGGUGGUGAUGGACGCUCAGGACUUGGCCUUCGCAGAUGGCACCUUCGACGUGGUUCUGGAGAAGGGCACGCUGGAUUCCAUGAUGGUGGCGGAGACGGACCCCUGGAACGUGUCGCCUGAGACCACAGCGCUGCUGGACCAGGUGCUGAAGGAGGUCAGCAGAGUCUUGCGGCCGGGAGGCCGUUUCAUCUCCAUCACCUUCGCCCAGCCGCACUUCCGCAAGCGCCACUACGCCCAGCCCACCUAUGGCUGGUCCCUGCGCCACUCCACCUACGGCAGCGACUUCCACUACUUCCUCUACGUCAUGUGCAAGGGCCAGGAGCUGUCCCCUGCCGACCUGGCGCUGGGGCGGAGACUCCACGAGCUGCCCUGCCCCGCCCGCCCGCCCAGCGUCCUCCAGGCCUUGGACAGCGAGGAUUAUCUCAGUGCUAUUGAGCUGUGAGUGGGAAGGGCCUGCCGCUGUUAUAGCAGCAAGGAGUUCUCCAGCCGACACGGUGCCAGAUUCAUGGGGCUGGGUGACAGCGGGCUCCUCUAAUCCAGUGCCUUCCCUGUGGCUGGCAACAGGAGCCCAGCCCAUCCUGCCAGGCACCCGGGCGCUGUGAGACCAAAGGGAACGGUGCUUUGCAGCCAGCUCAGUAAAGUCGGCUUCUCUCUAGUCCCCCAGCUCAGCCCCUCAUCCUGGUGCUGUCAAUCUCAAGGCUUCUGCACGUGGGUAUGUUCCCAAGGGCCACCUUGUCCCGGGACCCCCGAUACCCCCUGCCCCGUGAAGGUCUGGCCUGUGGAGGGGAGGGAUAGCUCAGUGGUUUGAGCAUCGGCCUGCUAAACCCAGGGUUGUGAGUUCAGUCCUUGAGGGGGCCAUUUAGGGAUCGGGGGGGAAUCUUUUCAGGGACAGGACUGGACUAGAUGACCUGCCAAGGUCCCCUCCAGCUCUAUGAGAUAGGGACAUCUCCAUAUUAGACUACAGUUCCAAGCGGCCACUGGGGUCAGGCUGCCUUGGGGGGCUGUUGUGUGUACAGCUCUGCUCCCCCCUGCCCCUCCAUAGCAGGGUGGCUGCCGCCUGUUCCUCCAGCCCCAGCCAUGGGGGGUGACACGUCUGGCUGCAGAGAGGUGGGUUGGGGGCUGGGAAAGCGUUUGCUGCAGCCCCGCCAGCCCAGUGCGGUGUGCACGCUCCGUGGGGCUGGAGGCGAGCCACACCCGAACCCUGCUGCAGUUCUGCAGGGAGCCAGGGGCAGGCCAGGCGGAACCGGGGAAGAGCUGGCAACGGGCACUUGUGUGGGGAGGCUCAGGUUGACUCAGCUCCCGGACGAGCGCGGUGCCUUGGCGCUCUCCCUGCCCGCCCCCAGCUCGCUGGUCUUGGUGGCUGGUAAUGAAGCUGCCAGAGAAUCCCUGAAUCAUAUGAAUUCCCUCCAUCCAUCUUGGGGCGGGGUGGGGGGAGAGGCGCCGGCCUCGCGCGCUCUCAUGUAGAUUUCGCAGCAGUGCAGAGGGAAAGGGAGGGAUUUCAGCAUCCGCCACAAGCAAAUCGCUCUAAUCCAGCUUCUGUGCUCGCAUGAUUAGGAAGCAUUAUGCCCGCGAGAAAGGGGCAGGAUUCCCAGCUCCCUGGGGAGCUCUCCCCUGCUCAAAGGCUCUUUGUGCAGCUCCCGGGGCACGGAAACCUGUGGCCUUGCUGGGGUUGGGGGAGGGGUUAGCCCUUGAAUUGUUGGAUUGAAAUGUUUGCUGUGUUGUUUUCCUAGGCAUGUGGCCAGGAAUAGCGGGGGAGGGGGAGAGGCUGGUUAUACCAUGCACAGUCAGGGACAGAUGGGACAUGACAACCUACGC